AAUCCCAAAAAAAGUUUCCAAGUAUAAGACCGCCAGCUCCUCUUCCCAUCCUCCCCUCCAUUCCACACUGUUCCUCCAUCACUACAGCUCACAUACCACAUCACUCCGACACCAAUCCCAUCACCAUGAAAUUCCCAACCCUCAGCCUCCUCCUCACCGGCCUCGCCGCCGCCGGCCCCCUCACCUCCCGCCAAUCCUAUUCCUGCCCCAAAGUCCACAUCUUCGGCGCCCGCGAGACCACCGCCCCGCAAGGCUACGGCACCUCCGCCGGCCUCGUCAACAGCAUCGCCUCCGCCUGCCCCGGCUCCACCAAGGAAGCCAUCGUGUACCCAGCCUGCGGUGGGCAAUCCUCGUGCGGAGGCGUGUCUUACGACAACAGCGCCUCACAGGGGACUGCGGCCGUGGUCAAAGCCGUGACCAACUUGAACCAGAGAUGCCCGGAUACGAAGAUCGUGUUGGUCGGGUAUAGUCAGGGCGGACAGAUCAUGGAUAAUGCGCUGUGCGGAGGGGCGGGGGCGACGUUGACGGGCAAUGCGCUGAGGGCUGUGAAGGCGGCGAUUUUUAUGGGGGAUCCGCAUAAUGUUGUUGGACUGCCGUAUAAUGUUGGGACGUGUAAGGCGAAGGGGUUUGCGGCCCGCCCGAGCGGAUUUAAAUGCUCACCUGCCAGCCCGUCGAUCAUUCAGAGCUAUUGCGACUCGACUGAUCCUUAUUGCUGCAAUGGGAAUGAUGCGAACUCACAUCAGCAGUAUGUGAACAAGUAUGGACAGCAAGCGUUGGCGUUUGUGAAGAAGUUGGUGGAUGCCGCUUGAGUUGAGGUUGGGUUGGGUCGGAGAUAACGGCAUGGGUGGGUUCAUGCGGCCCUCGGUGUUGGACAACAUGGUGCAUGGCCCCCAGGUACUGCACAGCACGAUGUUGUAA